GUGCUCGUCUGUAUUUAGGCCAACCUUGUUUGUGAUGACGCAGCAUGGACGUCACAUAUAAAGCUCAUCUUCUACAUUGGGGUCUUGGUCGGGGACAUCGGCUUUGGUUUGAUUGCUGAUCUGAUUGGAAGGCGCAAGACUUUAAUGGCGACAGUACUUCUAUGGAAUGUGUCUGGCUUUGCAGUGUGCUGGGCUCCUGAGUACAUCAGUUUUAUCAUUCUAGAAUUCAUUGUUGCUGCAGCUCAACAUGGUGCUUUUAUGGUGUGCAACGUAAUGUCUCUGGAACUUGUGGGUCCCAACAAGAGAGUAUUCUGUGGCACACUUAUCCACGGAUUCUUCACCAUUGGUUUACUUUAUCAAUCGGGAGCUGCCUACUUCAUUAAACACUGGCAAUGGAUCGACUUCGCCAUUGCAGUUCCAUUGGUUUUCUACAUAGCCUACUAUUGGUUGAUACCCGAAUCUCCUCGCUGGCUUAUGAGUACAGGUCGGUAUGAUGAGGCCGAGGAAAUUAUCCAGAAGGCAGGAAAAGUUAACAAAGUAAAACUACCUGAAAAAAUUAUCCAUCCUUCUACAAUCGAAGGUGAAGAGGCUAAGGUGAAAUUGUGGCAUCUUUUCUCCACAAAAGAAAUGUUUGUUCGAACAACAAUUCUCCUUUACAAUUGGAUUGCGGUGGCUCUGAUGUACUUUGGAGUGACAAUGCACGCUGGAAAUAUAGGUGGAAAUUUCUACUUAAACUUCUUUCUCAACGGAAUUGUUGAGUUCCCUGCACUUGUGUUUGUGAUUCUAACGAUGGACAGGAUAGGAAGAAAGGGACUCCAAUGUCUGGUUAUGGUGUUUGGAGGAGUAGCAACUAUAUGUACUAUAUUUACCAUCUUGUUUGGAGGAGAGGAUCUUACGUGGCUUACAACAACCCUCUCACUUUUUGGUAAAGUGGGGUCUACGGCAGCAUUUUCUGUGAUCUACGUCAUGACUCUUGAACUUUACCCGACAGUCCUCAGGAAUGCUGCCCUUGGUGGCGGAUCGUGUGUCGGCAGGGUGGGGAGUAUGCUGGCUCCAUACGUUGCAUCCUCUGGUGCGUUGAUCGAUGGUGACUUUUCCACCGCAUUGCCACUGGUAAUCUUUGGUGUAAUAUCUGUCUCGGCGGGGCUUCUAGUUCUGUUAGUACCUGAAAGUCAACACAGAAAGCUACCAGAAAGUGUUCAAGAUGGAAUCAAAUUUUAUGAAGCGCAAGAGAUUGAAAGCAAUCAACGAAACUCUAACAAUGAAGAAUCAUCCUUAUUGGCGAUGUCCAAAUUCAAAGAUUCAUUAUAACGUUCUCCUGAAGUAGAAAUAUAUCAGGAGACAAUAUAUCAGGAGACAAUCGGAAAUUUAGCAGUAGUAUAUUCUAACAUUAGUGUUUUAUACCAGAAAGGAGAGUAUCUUGAAUUGGUGUCCAAUAUUAGGAGUGGUACUAGCAUCGUAUUAACGUCAGAACAAAUAUCUUAUCUCUUUGGAAUAUUUAAACCAGAUUGUGUUUUUCAGUUGAUUCUGAAUGAAAAAUAAAAACAUAAUCUGCCUAUAAUUUUUUAAAAUUAAAAUUAACAGGUAACUGAAUUAAUACAUUGUAUACAUCGAAAAUUAAGCAUCAUUCCAUAGAAUUAGAUAUGUACAUGUUCAAAUGAUUUUAUUGUUUGAGUCUCAGAGAAUAAACUAGGUUUGAUUUUUC